AGAACGAGACAGAGGAUGAGGGAGAGAGAAAGAGAGAGAGAGAGUGCGUUUCGCGGCGUCAGCGAGGCCCGAACCGCCCUUGGGAGGAGCCUGGGGUCCAGCAGCGCCGGCCACGCUCCCUCCCCGACACCGGGCCUGAGCGCUCGGCGCCCGCGGCCUCAGCGAAGGCCGCAGGGCUGCCUGUCAGCCCGGCCCAGGCGAGCUUCCUCCCGGGCUCCAGCAUCCCAGAGGCAGAGGCGGGGAGGCCGGCAGCGCAGAGAGGUCCGGGGUCCCCCGGCCAGGCCGGGCCGAGCUGGGCGCCAGCGUUUCCUCUGCGCAGGCGCGCCGCGACCUGGGGGCGGGGCCUCGGUCGCUCGGGGGCGGGGCCAAUCCCUGAGCCCACCUCCACGAGCUCAGCUGAGCCGCCAUGUGCGGGGUACCCCAGCUGUUCUAGGGGUUUCAGGCUACAUACCCCCUAAAGGCUACGCCCCUUCACCCCCACCCGCCUACCCUGUGACCACUGGGUAUCCGGAGCCGGUGCCUCAUCCUGGGCCCCCUCAGGCGCCAGUGCCCGCCCACGUGCCCGCCCCUGCACCUGGCUUCCCUCUCUUCCCCUCACCCGGUGGCCCGGCAGCUCCGGGGCCUGCUGUCCCCUUCUUGCCUCUGCCUGGGGUGCCUUCUGGCCUGGAAUUCCUGGUGCAGACUGAUCAAAUCUUGAUUCACCAGAAGACUGAGCGAGUGGAAACACUCCUGGGCUGGGAGAUGUGUAACCGCUAUGAACUACGCUCAGGGACUGGCCAGCUACUGGGUCAGGCAGCCGAGGAGAGCAACUGUUGCGCACGACUGUGCUGUGGUGCCCAGCGGCCUCUGCGUGUCCGCCUGGUGGACCCUGGGGACCGAGAGGUGCUGCGCCUGCUUCGCCCCCUUCACUGCGGCUGCGGCUGCUGUCCCUGUGGCCUCCAGGAGAUGGAAAUCCAGGCUCCCCCUGGCACCACCAUUGGCCAUGUGCUGCAGACCUGGCAUCCCUUCCUCCCCAAGUUCUCCAUCCAGGAUGCUGAUCGCCACACCGUCCUUCGAGUGGUGGGGCCCUGCUGUACCUGUGGCUGUGGCACAGACACCAACUUUGAGGUGAAGACCCCGGAUGAAUCCCGCAGUGUGGGCCGCAUCAGCAAGCAGUGGGGAGGGCUCCUCCGAGAAGCCCUCACAGAUGCCGAUGACUUUGGCCUGCAGUUCCCAAUGGAUCUGGAUGUGAAGGUGAAGGCAGUGUUGCUGGGAGCCACGUUUCUCAUUGACUACAUGUUCUUCGAGAAGCGAGGAAGUGCUGGACCCUCUGCCAUCACCAGUUAGAGACCCCUCAGUGUAAGGAGACCAUCACUUCGACUAGAAUUCAAGAUGGCCGCCUGCCCUGCCCUGGCCCUGCCUCAGAGGCAGCCCCUUCUCUCUGUGUACACUGCAGGGAAUAGAGAGGGAUGCCUGAGAGGCUGGGGACCUGGGUGCCUCAUCCCUAGCCUUCUCCCCUGGUCCCCUUCAUCUCUGGGGACACACAAGAACCCUCUCCCUAUAGUCCACAGGAAUAUUAGCUUUCAGACCUUCCCAAUCCACUUCCCUUCCACCCCUUGCAAGACCUCUGUUCCAGAGGAGACCUUUGGAAUCCAGGGUUCUUCAAUUUUACAAUAGGACUGACUGGGGUGGGCUGGGGAGCCAUACCAAAGACACAGCCUUCCCUUGCAUCAGCAUGGCCAACUAGUUUAGCCUCAGAUCACAGCUCUCUUCUAGUACCCCCAGCACCCCAUCAACAGUGAUAAGACCCAGGCCCUAGAACCAACCUCCUCUUCCCUUUGGGUCCUGUCCACAGCUGGUGCUUGCUACAGCUUCCUGUGCCUUACUUAGCCAUCCUUUCCUUCCCCUCCCCCAGGAAGAAGGUUGCAUCUUUGUAUGUUAUAUUCAUAUAAACUUUGUAACUUUUUUUUGGA